AUGGCUGCUCCUCCUCGACCCGGGAAUGGGUUGAUGCGUCCUCCGCCUUCCGCUGCAGCCUCACUUCGAGUGCCUCCUCAGAAAGCCCUCCCAAACACUUCAAUGGCGCCCACUUCGUCCAUCAUGCCACCUGGGAAGCAGGUCUCCCGCAAGGUCAUACUGGAACCCGGCCAUUCACCACUUGACUGGGCCGCGCUCACCACUGAUCCGAAUGCCCGACUACGGGGUAAAGAUGCCCCAGAAACUCUGAUCAAAGUGACACCACAGCAGCUCAAGCGGCAAAACGGCAGAAAGGGAAAAGAUGCAUGGACCGUGUACAAUGGGAAGGUGUAUAAUAUCUCUCCGUACGUACCCUUUCACCCGGGAGGUGCCGGAGAAAUCUUGCGAGGUGCAGGCAAGGACUCGGUCAAGUUGUUUAUGGAAGUCCAUCCCUGGGUCAAUUGGGACGGUAUGCUGAGCGAAUGUCUGGUUGGUAUCUUGGUUGGGGAGGAGGACGAAGUUCAGCGCUCCGCAGGCAAGACGAACAAUCUAGAUGACAUGGAUUGA